AUCAGUAACAACACGCAAACAGAAAGAAAAAAUGAGGUAUGGCGGAUCGCGAAAGAAACCAGUUCCACUCGGCUUACUUCUCUUCUUAUGCGCCACUUUCACCGUCGGUUUGUUGAUUCUCACGCUGAGAUCCGUGGAUCCGUCACCGCCUGCUGAUUUACGCACCCAGUUUGAUCUUCGGAAUCCGAGCUUAGGUGCUCGGGAUGACGACGCUGCUUUGGCAGAUGCUCCGAGGAUAGCAUCGUUAACUUGGGCUUUCGUGGAGGAAAUGGGGGAGGUUUUUCAGACGAGAAUUUUUGGAGGAGAGUCUCAGAGUUCGGAGGAUUAUUCAGCGUCACUUUGCUUUAAAUGGCAAAAAUACCAUAAAUCAAAUGCACAUGUUUUAAGUAUCAUGCCAGCAGAGAUGACUUCUGAAAUUCUAACCGUCUUUCUUCCUUUAAUUUUAGAUGAUAUUUUAGUGUGAACAAUUUACCCUGUAAAAUUACACAUUUUGUUAUGAAAAUCUUCGAAUGUAUAAUGAUAACCGUUAAUGGUGUAAAUAACAAAAAUCAUCAAUUUUAAUAUCACAAAUAAUAAAAAUUAUCAAUUUUA